GUUGUUCACAUGGAGCCAGAGAAGCUCGAAGAGAUUUCGCGUCGAAUAUCUGAGACCAGAACGUCCAAGUUCCAGGCGUUCAUUAUUGGCAUCGCGGGUGGCACAGCGAGCGGUAAAACUACCGUCUGCCAAAUGCUGAUGCAGGCUUUAGGCGAUCAGAGGGUUGCCUUGAUCAGCCUUGAUGAGUUCUACAGGGAUCUCACCCCUCAAGAAUGCGAAAACAUCGUUGAUGUCAACUUUGACGAGCCUGCCUCGUUUGAUCUCCAAGAACUGGUGAGAUGUUUGCAGCACCUGCGGGACGGAGAGUACGCCCAGCUUCCCGUCUAUGACUUCGUCACCAGUAGGCGCUCACUCCACCAGGUGCGUACGGUCGCGCCCUGUGACGUUGUCAUUCUGGAAGGCAUCCUUGUCCUCCACCUCAAAGAGACGUUGGAGCUCUGCAAUAUGAAGGUCUUCGUGGACACAGACGAUGAUGUUCGCCUGGCUCGGCGCAUCAAGCGCGAUACUGUGGAGCGGGGCAGGGACGUCGAGGGCGUCAUUCGACAAUACACGCGCUUCGUGAAGCCGUCCUUUGAGAGGUACAUCCUCCCCAGCAAGAACAAUGCCGACAUCAUCAUCCCUUGGCGGGAGAACAACGAUGUAGCGGUAGACCUCAUCACGCAGAAUAUUCGCUCCAAACUAGGCAUGCACGACCUCCGCCGCAUUUACCCGAAUCUCCACGUGAUGCCAGCUACGAUGCAGACACGCGGGAUGCACACAAAGAUCCGCUCCCGGGCGACGCCGCGUCAGGAGUUCGUGUUCUAUGCAGACCGACUGAUUCGGCUAGUUGUGGAGCAGGCGCUUGGUUACCUGCCUUUUGCGGAGUCCGAGGUUACCACGCCUGUCGGGGAGUCCUACCACGGGCUCACUUUCUCGCGAAAGAUCUGCGGAGUUUCCAUCAUCCGCUCCGGCGAAGCGAUGGAAAAUGCACUGCGUACAUGCUGCAUUGGUGUGAAGAUAGGCAAGAUCCUUAUUGAUCGAGUGCAGUCGGACAGAGUGCAGUCGGGCAGGAGUUUACACUUGCUCUAUGAGAAGCUUCCUUUCGACAUUGGUGAGCGACACGUGUUGCUGAUGGAUCCGAUUCUGGCCUCAGGUCAGUCGUGCGCUUCGGCCAUUGAAGUGCUGACGAAGCGUCGAAGCGUUAGGGAGGAUAAGAUCAUCCUCAUCACCCUUAUCGCAGCCCCAGAGGGUAUUCACCACGUGUGCAAGAAGUUUCCGGCGGUCAAGGUCAUCACCACCGAGAUUGAUGAGGGCGUAGAUGGUGCCGGCACCGUCUUGCCUGGGAUCGGGAAUUUUGGGGAUCGCUACUUCGGAACUGGCAGUGCAGCGGACGAGCCCGUUCGACUGCUGUCAGGGAACCUGUCAGCCUUGAACAGUGAGAAAGGAUCAAGUACCAGUAAUGAUGCAUCUAAUUCGCAUCCACGGGGCUCUAGUGAGCCGAACUAA